AUGGCGCCCUCCGCCGUCGAAAUUCCCAUUCCCGUGCGAAAGGCUUUCUCAACGCCGACAAGCACGCCCCAACCGGCCCAGAAUGGUGAACUGAAAUCCCCAUCUUCACCUCUUCCCGAAGUCAAGACCUUCAGUGGCUCAACAUGUACGGUGGAUGAAUUAGUAGCUGCACUUCGAGUGGCUGGCGGCGUAGUCGUUCGCGGUCUGUUGAAUGCAGAGGAAUUGGCAAGCCUUGAGACGGAUACUCGGCCUUGGUUGGACAAGGAUACCGCUUGGGGUGAAGGUGGGGGUGCAGGAGACUUCUUCCCCCAAGAAACCCGCCGUGCUUUUGGCAUGGUGAGCAAAUCCAAAACCUUUGCCGAACGCAUAGUCGGCCAUCCGCUCUGGAUCGGCGUGACGAACGCGUUGUUGACCAGCACUCUGAAUUGGAACUGGAUUGGCGACAAGAACGAGGUCUCUGUGUCUCCCCCUCAGUUGAACAACACUAUUGUCUUUAGCAUUGGUCCAGGAGCCCGCGAUCAAGCGCUGCAUCGUGAUGACGCAAUCCAUCAUGUCUACCACCCAGCUGCUGCGACACAUGAGAUAGGCCGUGACGCAGGGAUCGGAUUCUUCGUUGCAGGAAAGAAGACCACCAAGCGGAACGGAGCUACGCGCUUCAUCCCUGGCUCUCAUCUCUGGGACUAUGCCGCAGGGCCCCCAAAUGAGUCACAAACGUUUUAUGCGGAGCUUGAACCAGGCGACGGUUUCAUGAUUCUGAGUGGAUGUUUCCACGGUGGCAGCGCGAACGGGACAGAUCAACCCAACGAGGCUGGCCAGGUCGUGCCGGAAGAGCGCCUGGUGUACAGCACGUUCAUGACAAGGGGUUAUUUGAGGCAAGAAGAGAAUCAAUACUUGGUGAAUCCGGUAGAGAAAGUUCGGGAACUGCCGGAAUCUCUCCAAGAGCUUGUCGGGUAUGGUCUCUCCAAGCCGUUCUUGGGAUGGGUGGACCUCAAGGAUCCGAUGUUGUGGUUGCAUCCUGAGAGGCCGAAGAAAUCGGGAGAUUUGUUUUAA